GACGGGACGCUGCACGGGCAGUGGCUUCAGUGUUGGGGCCGUGCCGGGGGCUGCCAGGGUCGCUGCCCCCCGCUGCCACCCUUCGCCGCUGCGUCCCGUCGGGGCCGGCCGCAGACGGCAUGGUGGACGUGUUCAGCGGGCGUGUCCUGGUCAGCAAGGACGGCCGCAGCGUGGACCCCGAGGAGGCUCUGCAGAAUAAGGUCGUGGGCUUGUACUUCUCUGCUGCCUGGUGCUCGCCGUGCCGCGACUUCACCCCCGUCCUCUGCGACUUCUACACGGAGCUACUGGAGGAGACCGAGCCUCCCGCCCCUUUCGAGGUCGUCUUCAUCUCCUCCGACCACAGCGCCGAGGAGAUGGCGGGCUACAUGCACGCCAUGCACGGGAACUGGCUGGCGCUGCCCUUCCACGACCCUUACAAGCAUGAUCUGAAGAAGAAAUACAACAUAACAGCAAUUCCUAAACUGGUGAUUGUGAAACAAACUGGAGAAGUCAUUACUGACAAGGGAAGAAAACAGAUCAGAGACAAAGGGUUAUCCUGUUUUCGGAAUUGGCUUGAGAGUGCAGAUAUCUUUCAGAAUUUUUCUAGCUAAAAAGUUGGCAGAUGAAAGCAAGACAAGGCAUCAUAAAAAACUGUAGAGCUCUGAAAAGAUUACCUUGUUCAGUACAAGAUGGAUAAGGCUUAUUUACCUUUGCUUGUAACAAAUUCCACUUUCAACUUGAAGAUAUAUCUGUACCAGUCAGUAACAAAAUGCAAAUACUGUUUUAUUUAUAUUGUUCUAUCUACUAUAUUCAGUAUGAGCCAAAGCAUUCCUGAUAACACUGGAGAACUUCAGGAGGAUAAGCUGUUUUAGACAGUAAUAAUUGAGCACUGUGAAAUCUAUGCAAACUGUUAUUUUGCAAAAUCUGUACAGUAAAGAUCAUAUAUGCACAAACCUAUUU